AUUGGUUGCUGGUGCCAGGGCACUUCGACUUUUGUUUCCUCCAAAACCAGUCAGACAGGCAGGGACGACCAGACAUACUUCAGCUAUUGUCACAUAAAUAUAAUGUUUUUAUCAACGGAGCCGAUGCUAUACGUUGUGUGGAUUUAACUUUACACCUUCAAGUAUUAUAAUUUAGGAGAGAUUGUCCCAAGUAACUCCCUGGAGGUGCCAAACGAGGCCGCAAUGUCGGUGACUGUUCAUGAGAAUCGCAAAUCCCGCACUAGCACGGGCUCCAUGAACAUCUCACUGUUCCACAAGCCUUCGCAUCCCGACAGUGUCCUGACGCACCUGAACACAUUGAGGAAACAGUGCAUGUUCACUGAUGUCACUCUGUGGUCCGGAGAUCGCUCUUUCCCAUGCCACAGGGCUGUCUUGGCAGCGUGCAGUCGUUAUUUUGAGGCCAUGUUCAGCGGAGGGCUACGAGAGAGUCUGGACAGUGACGUUAAUUUCAGAGACAGUAUACACCCCGAGGUCUUGGAGCUUCUGCUGGACUUUGCCUAUUCUUCUCGAGUCAUCAUAAACGAGGAAAACGCUGAGUCAUUGUUAGAGGCGGGCGACAUGUUGCAGUUUCAUGACAUUCGGGACGCAGCCGCAGAGUUUUUGGAAAAAAACCUGCACUCCUCCAACUGCCUGGGGAUGAUGCUGUUAUCAGACGCUCAUCAGUGUAAGAGACUGUACGAGCUGUCGUGGAGAAUGUGUCUAUUACACUAUGAGACGGUAAGAGAAUCAGAGGACUUCUAUAGUCUCUCUAAAGAUAAGCUGCUGGAGCUGAUUCUCAGUGAUGAGCUGGAGAUAGAAGAUGAACAGGUUGUGUUUAACUCCGUGCUGCGGUGGGUUCGAUACGACUUGGAGGUUCGGCGUCACCACUUACCAGAGCUGCUGAGGGGCAUCAGGUUGGCUCUGCUGCCGUCUGAGUGUCUGCUGGAGGCUGUAGCCUGUGAAGAGUUGGUGAUGGCUGACAAGAGAAGCAGGUCAAUAGUAGAAGAGGCAAUGCAGUGUAAGAAGAAAAUCCUUCAGAAUGAUGGAGUAGUGACUAGUCCGUGUGCUCGCCCACGUAAGGCAGGACACACACUGCUGAUACUGGGAGGCCAGACCUUCAUGUGUGACAAGAUAUACCAGGUUGACCAUAAAGCCAAGGAGAUCAUACCUAAAGCAGACCUCCCCAGCCCCAGGAAGGAGUUCAGUGCGUGUGCUAUUGGCUGUAAGGUUUACGUCACAGGAGGAAGAGGAUCAGAGAACGGAGUUUCUAAAGACGUCUGGAUCUAUGACACUGUCCAUGAAGAGUGGUCUAAAGGAGCACCCAUGCUAAUAGCCAGGUUUGGCCAUGGUUCAGCUGAGUUGGAGAACAGUCUCUACGUUGUUGGAGGUCACACAGCCAUAGCGGGAGUGUUUCCUGCCUCUCCAUCUGUCUCCCUCAAACAGGUCGAGAGGUAUGAACCUCUCAGUAAUAAAUGGACUAUGAUGGCUCCUCUACGAGACGGAGUCAGUAAUGCAGCUGUGGUCAGUGCCAAACUCAAACUCUUUGUUUUUGGAGGGUCCACCAUACACAGAGACAAGGCCUCCAAGGUACAGUGCUACGACCCUGUGGGUAAUCGCUGGAAUAUUGCGGCUGAAUGCCCCCAGCCAUGGCGCUAUACAGCGGCUGCUGUCUUAGGGAGCCAGAUCUUCAUCAUGGGUGGCGACACUGAAUUCACUGCUGCGUCUGCUUAUCGCUUUGACUGUGAGACCAACCAAUGGACUCGAGUGGGCGACAUGACGUCUAAACGGAUGAGCUGCCACGCCGUGGCCUCGGGAAAUAAGCUGUAUGUGGUUGGAGGUUAUUUUGGGACGCAGCGGUGUAAAACAUUGGACUGUUACGACCCCACGUCAGAUAGUUGGAACUCCAUCACCACUGUGCCUUAUUCACUGAUCCCCACCGCCUUUGUCAGCACUUGGAAACACCUACCUGCCUAACUCGGAGACACCAGGAGCCAGUAAUUCCAGCGUUGAUGUCCACUGAGGAAGGACUCCUUCUCCCCCCUGCAGUCAGCAACUGGUUGAGGCCGGAACUGCACACACACGACCAACCCUUACAAAAACAUGCUGCAGCUCACAGACUGACUCAGUCCUGAGUGGUGUGGUACACAAGCCAACAGCACAGCACCCAGGUCUUAACACACACAGAGAGAAUGACUCUGCAUGUGACGCUUCCUAAAUAAUGUGAUACUCCUCAAACAGAGACUUUGAUGAACCUGUCUGAUGGUGCGCUCAUACAAAUCUCACCUGAGUGUUUGUGUUGGUUGUGUGUAGGUUUAGUCUCAGGCCAUGUUUCUUUAAUGUUCUUUAGAAGUCAUGAAAUCCAUUACUAAACCAUUCCAGUGUAAAGACGUGAACUGUAAUCCAUGACAUUGACAUACUACAAUGGUUUCCCCUCAACGAUACAACAGAAAUGAAAGAACCUAAAGCCACUUCUUAUUUCAGGUUGCACUAUAUUUACUAGUAUUACUACCACAUCUGCACCAAUGUUAAUGGGAGGACUGAGUUUGAGAGUUUUGAGUCCCAUCAAGAGCGAAUUUAAACAGCCAUCUCUUUAUCAUCUACAUUAAGAAAAGUCUCCUUCUGGUGGAUCAGUACGUCGGGAACCAUCAGUGUAGACAAAGACUAUUUGGCUUCCCUGCAUUUGAUUUGAAACCGUAUCUUUAUAAAGCAACAUACAGUAAUCAGUAUUUUUGCGAUGAAGCGCCCCUUCAGUUACAUUUCAUGUAACAUGUCAUGUUCAGAGCAAUUCAUGUAUACACCGUUUUGGAAAUGCAGACAGCCGUACACGUGCGUUUGUGACGAUUUAUAUUACUUAUGAAGCGUUUCACCAUAAUCCGCUUUGUGCCGUAAAGCCUUACGCACUUCUCCCGGGUACGACUCACGCACCAAAGUUACAGAGUGCAAGAACAGACAAGAACAUUCUCCCUGUUACAAGUCACCGUAUCACCACAAUGAUUUUGAAGUUCUCAUUUCAAGGUGAAAAUAUUUAGAUAAUGUUUCUUUAAUUUGCGACGUGUACAUGAACUAUUGUCAGUGGAAUACUGAACGUUAUUAGUAGUUUCAGGUUUAACUUGUUUGUCAGAUCACCAGAUAUACAGUUCACACAGUAACAGCUGCAUUUAGAGCUUGAUAAACAAAGUGGUGGAAAUGAUGUGAUCAUGUUAAACAUGAAUACAACUGUUAAUUAUGUUAUUUUGACCAAAAAGUGAUCCAUUACUAAAUACACCUUACCCCGCUCAAUUUAUGCUGAGCAAUUGACUUUUCUAAAAGUCAAACGAGUCCUUAAAGUGGUCAUUGCUAUGUUUGUUCAGAGUGAUUGGACUUGAGCAGUAUUUAUUCACUGCUCAGUACAGGGAAUGUAUAUAAAUGCAGUCCACUCUGUAGGCUGUAAUCAUUGUGGCUACACAUUCACACAACACAGCAAACAGACGAGCGAACAUUUUAAACAAACUCGACACUAGAAAAAUGCAAAAAAGAAUCAUGCGUUUUCAAUACUGAUGAAAGCAAUGAUAUAAUAAUAAUAAGUUGAAGGAUGCAGUAAAUGGGACACCUGUCACACCUGUAAACAUGGGAUCUAUUGAAGGCGAGACUGAAGUGUACUCUUUUUUAAUAAUAAUAAUCGACUGUUACCACAAGAUGGCGCACUAGUUUGCUGUUGCACAAUGAGGUGGAUCUUGUGACCGUGGUAACAGUGUUUCUCAAGUCAGCUCAAGUGCCACAUAGUCUUAGUUAACUUAAUGUAGCAUCCAAUAUAUGGCCGAAUAUGUCAAAGUCUCAUGUGGAGAUGCAGAAACAGAUCUCUGCUGGACGGGUGCCCAAAGUCCUUUGAAUGACAGUAAUUCUUACCUUUGCCUUUCCAGAGUGCCAAAAAGAUCUUUGCUGAGCUCUAAAACAACAUUUUCCAAUCAUUUCCGUUAUGCUUUUACAUCCAACAAUAACGUAGAGGCACAGGAAACACAUUAGGGAGCAUGAUCUGUGGACAUCUCCAGUUGCACGUGCAUUGUGUAUUUCCAGUAUCAGGUUGCAUCAGGUGAAAUAGUACAAGAGUUGUUCGUCUCACAUCAGUCAUUAGGGAAAGUCUUUGAUUUCAGACAUCAUGCUAUUUCUGUUUUUUUAAGAGCAGCAGAGAGCAGCCUCUUGUACAGCGUGUUCUGCAGAAACCAUCACUGCCAACCUUUGCAGUUUAUAUUUCUAUCAAUGCAUUCAUUAGCGGUGAUGUGUCUUUGUCCCACAGGUGUGAUGUAUUUUCUACAUGCUGAAGAUAACACCAGCUGUCACACUAUGAACAAAUGGAUGAACAUGAGUUCCGCAGGACACAGAUGCAUCAUGGCUGUUAUGUUGUAUUGUCUCUGUGAUGCAGUAGUUGCUGGUGUUGUAAGUCCUUUGCACUUGUUCCCUGUCCAACUGUUAAAAGAGCUGCCACGAGGAGACUACACACUGGUAGUGUAGAAAUCUCUUUCAUUUGUCUCCACUUGAAUGAAUUGAGUUUGAUUUCAGCUGCUGCACUGAAGCGAAGGGAUGUUCAAAAAAAUUAGAAUUUGAAAAAGUGAGAAGGAACAUGUUUUUAAAAACUGAGGAUUUUUGCAAUGAUAUGGAAAAACAAAAGAAAUGUAUUUGAGAAAAAGAUUGUUGGAAACUAUGUUUUUAUUAUUGAAAAUAAACAUUGACUCACUUUUUAAA